AUGUCCCUUUCAAAGCCGGACGUGCCAAGACAGAGAAUGCCAUGCGGCUUGCCAAGCCCAGAGUCCACAUCAUCCUUCUGGCAUAAGGAGCCUUCUCCUCUCCUUCUCGGUCACCGCUCCACCAGAGACCUCCCGGAGACGGCAGAUGUAGUCAUAAUUGGAGCCGGCAUGACGGGGGCGAGCGCAGCUCACCACCUCUUGACCAAUGCCGGCGCCACCAAGAAGCUGAACGUCGUUCUUUUAGAAGCUAGAGAGGCUUGCUGGGGAGCAACUGGCAGAGUAAGCUCUUAGUCGUGCGAAGUUCCACACCACAUCUGACAGCCUCCCUAGAAUGGCGGGCACUGCCAACCCAUCCUCUUUGAACACCCCAACGACCCAUCAAUCGGCGACUUUGAACUCAAGAAUUUCCACACUCUCCAUUCCCUCAUCCAGGAGAAGUCAAUCCACUGCGAAUUCGUAUCCCAGCCAGGCGUGCGGGCAAUCUACUCCAAACACCAUCUGGACCAGGUCUCCACCGCCAUUCAGAAAAUCCAAUCUACCGCGCCUCACCAAGCAGACAUGAUGCGCAUAGUAACAGACCGCGACGAGCUCAACGCCCUCAGAAUCCCCACAGCAAUCGGCGCAGUCGUCACAAGCCUCGCAGCACGGAUGUGGCCCUACAAGUUCGUCUCUCGAAUCCUCACCGAUCUCCUCACGACCCCGAACUUACCGGGCGGAACCUUCAACCUGCAGACCCUCACGCCGGUGCAUUCCAUCCACCAGACCUCAGAAACAAUAACAACGACGACAACAACAACAAUCCACACCUCCCGCGGCUCCAUCUCCACCCCCAAAAUCAUCCUCGCAACAAACGCCUACACUUCCCACCUCCUCCCCGCUUUCGCCUCCCUGAUCGUCCCCUGCAGAGGCCAAAUGUCCGCCCUCAACCCCCUCCCCUCCAUCUCCUCCCAAUCCCGCCUGAAAACCUCCUACGGCUUCCUCGGCGACGGCCUCGACGACUACCUCAUCCAACGACCCACGGAAUCCGGAGGCCAUCUCAUGUUCGGCGGCGGCAGACAACACGGCCCUUCCAUGGGAACGGUAGACGACAACCAACUCGAUGCCCAAACGGCGGCGUAUCUGAGAGGCAAGCUGAUCGAGGCGAUGAAUUUACCGGAAGGCGGUGGAGGAGGAGGAGGGGAGGAUGGCGUGAGGGAGAUGCGAGCGACACAUGAGUGGACGGGUAUUAUGGGUUUCUCGAGGGAUGACGUUCCCUGGGUGGGGCCCGUUCCGGGGCAGGAGGGGGUCUAUACGGCUGCGGGGUUUACGGGGCAUGGGAUGCCUAAUACGUGGCUUUGUGGGAAGGCGGUGGCCUUGAUGGUUGGGAGGAGUCUGGAGGGUGGUGAAGAAGCGGCCGUGAUGGAUGAAGUCAGGAAGGAGACCGGGCUGCCUGAGAGUUAUCUCUCCUCGAAGGAAAGGAUGGAGAAGGCUUUGAUGGAGUGUGAGGAUCCAGAAACGAAGGAUUGGAAUGAGAUGCAGAGGGAGACUGUGAAAAGGGGAUAA